AUGAUUGAUAUUCUUAUGAGUGUUUCUCAGCAGAAUCCUUACGCUGCAUUUUUUCGUUCUUUAAAAGAAAGAGAUGUAGCUGAAGACACACGUAUUGUAUUGAAUAAAAAUAUAGUAUAUGAUCAACGUUUGUACAAUGCCCUAGUUGUUGAUGAUGUUGCUGUGAUUUGGCCAGACAGUGCUUCAUCAAGUGAUACUUUAAGCCCUCACAUACUUGUAUCUGGUAAAUCUUGUGAAUCUCAUCGAAUCUAUCACAACUAUGGGUGUUAUGACCCAUUACAAUAUCCAUUGUUAUUUCCUCGUGGAGAAUGUGGUUGGAUGCAAGGGCUAAAGAAAACAUAUCAUGCUGACAGAAGGCAAGCAAGUUUAUACCCUGAUCCAAUAAUGUCAUGCGUUGUCCACGCUGUUGAAGACUUGUUGAGAGCAAAGACGAAGCAUACGCGUGCUAAAAAAUUCAUUCCUCCAAGAGAAUAUUAUGCAUAUAGAUUGCAAAUACAGCCUAACAAUUUCUUGCUGAGAGCUGGUAGAUGUUUACAACAAUACAUUGUUGACAUGUAUGUCAAGAUAGAGAAUACAAGGCUUGACUAUCUGCGCAAUAACCAGUCAACCAUUAGUGUUGAUUUAUAUCAAGGAAUCCUUGAUUCUCUAGAUAUUGGAGAAACUAAAGUGCACAAUGUUGGUCGAAGAGUAAUCCUGCCUCCAAGUUUCAUAGGAGGUCCUCGGGAUAUGAAAAAACGGUAUCUUAAUGCCAUGGCUUUUGUGCAGAGAUUUGGUAAGCAUGAUUUGUUUGUCACUAUGACAUGUAAUGCUAACUGGCCAGCAAUAAAGUCCGAAUUAGCACCUGGUGAAGCAGCCCAAGAUCGUCCUGAUUUAGUAACACAAAUCUUUAGAAUAAAACUACUUGCAUUGAAAAGAGAAAUUAUGGAGAAAAAGGUAUUUGAUACGGUUGCAGCUAUGGUGUAUGUUGUAGAUUUUCACAAACGAGGCCUUCCACAUGCUCAUUUCUUGAUAAUCUUAAAACCAGAAUUCAAGCUGAAGUGUCCUGCUGAUUAUGAUAUAUUUGUAUGUGCUGAAAUUCCAGAUACUUCUAACCCUAUUCUUCACAGGAUUGUUCUAGCACACAUGAUGCAUGGUCCAUGUGGCUCAUUAAAUCCGCAUUAUCCAUGUAUGCGAAAAGAAGGGCAAAAGCUAAACUGUAAGAAUAAAUUUCUUAGACCAUAUGCAUCUAAAACAAGUACAAAUAAGGAUGGUUAUCCUAUAUAUCGAAGAAGAACCACUGGGGAAAAUGUCACUAUUCGUGGUGCACAGCUAAACAACGAAUGGGUGAUUCCUUACAAUCCUUAUUUGUCUAUGUUGUUUGAUUGUCAUAUUAACGUCGAAGCUUGCUCUACAAUCAAGGCAGUAAAAUAUCUCUAUAAAUAUGUUUACAAGGGAUAUGACAGGAUUUCUUAUAAUGUUCGCCCUGCUGAUGAUGAUUCUGUAGAUGAAAUUGAACUAUAUCAGUUAGGAAGAUGGGUUUCUCCAUGUAAAGCUGCUUGGCGAAUAUUUGGUUUUGAUUUGUUUGAGAUGUCUUCAUUAGUAUUACCUUUACAAGUUCAGCUACCCAAUAUGCAGACAGUUCAUCUUUGGCCACAUGAGAGGUUAAACACUGUUAUUUCUGACUCUAAGCGUUCAAGGACUCAACUAACCGAAUUCUUUGCAAUGAAUGUUGCAGUAGAAAGUGGUACUGGUUAUCUAUACAGUGAAUUCUGUGAACAUUUCAAAUGGGAUGCAAAGGCUAAAGAAUGGACUGACAGAGCUACAAAUAGACAUGUAGUAGGAAGAUUUGCUUUUGUAUACCCUGUAGAAGGUGAACGUUUUUUCUUGCGCCAUUUAUUGUUGAACGUUAGAAGUCCUACAUCUUUUGAGAACUUACAAACUGUAAAUGGUUAUGUUUGUCCUACUUUUCAAGAGGCUGCUCUUAAAUUACGCUUAGUAGAAGAAGAUGAUGUAGCAGAUUUAGCUUUGACUGAAGCUUCUGAAGUUCAACACCCAGUAGCCUUGCACCGUUUGUUUGCAACAGUGCUCAUAUUUUGUCAAAAGACAAAGGAUAUUAUAGAUGCUCUUGAUGCGCCUAUUCCAGAGGAGUGCCUUACAUGUCGAUCGAGAUUAAAUUCUGCACAGAAUGCUGCUUUCAAAUGUAUCAUGGAAUUUGUCACAAAAGGGAAAUCAGGUGCUUUUUUCAUAGAUGAUCCUGGAGAUACGGGCAAAACUUUCUUAUAUAAUGCCUUGUAUGCAGAGAUUCGCUUGAUGAAUAAAAUUGUAUUGCCCACAACAACCUUAAGUAUUGCUGCAGCAAAUAUUCCCUCGGCCGUACAGCUCAUUCAAGGUUUAAAAUACCUCUUGACAGUGACAUAUCCUUAG